AUGAAUGUGACCAUCUUUAAUAGAGUCAACAACCCUAAUAAAGAUAGCGGUGGCAUGUAUUCCGAGUGGAGUUCAUUGCCCCUGGAGGGAGGGGGGCGGGGCGUGCUGGGCGCAGUCGGUGGCAGGGACGUUGUGCUGGCCGUGGUCAAACAGCUAGCCUCACAUGAACCCAGUCCACUCACCACUGAUGCUGAGGUGGAGUGGGUGCUGGAGGUGAUCAGAUUCGGUCUGUCGCUGCCGCUGCAGGAGCACGAGGCGCUCCGAGACUGCGUGCGCGUGUGCUGCGCCUGGCUGGCCCCGCUGCUGCCGCCGGCGCCGCCCGCCAUGCCGCCGCCGCCCGCGCUGCCGCCGCCCGUCGCCGCCGCCCCGCAUAAAUACGCCAGGAAAAUACUAAGACAUCUACACAAUCUAUUCGUGCCCAGGCCUAAUGAGACUCUCACAUUUAUCUAUCAAAUGGAACUGGGCGGGGACCUGAUCAGCAAGCAGGCAGUGCUGUGCCACCGCGUGCUGCGGCUGGCGCGCGCGCUGGGCGCGGGCGGGGCGCUGGGCGCGCGCGACUGGACGCAGCUGCUGCUGCUGCUGCUGGCCGCCGCCGCCGCGCUGCUGUCGCCGCCCGCGCCGCACCACUCCGCCGCCGAGCAGCUCUGCGAGCGCGUGCUCUGCGUACUCUUCGAGGUCUGGAUCCUGGCCUGCCACAGAUGUUUCCCUGCGCCCCCGCUGUGGCGUACACUGCGCGAGCAGUGCGUGCGCUGGCGGCACCGCGCGCCGCUGACGGAGCAGUGGACGCGCGCCUCGCUCGCUCUCACCGCCAGGCUGCUCAAACAUAUGUACGGACCACUCUUCCCCGUCAUGCCCAUCAGUGAGGAGGAUGCCAACCUGAUUCCCCCGGACAUGAGCGCGGAAGCAGUGAUGCAGAGCUGGUACCGGAUCCUGCACACUAUCGGGAACCCGGUAGACCUCUGCAGGCCACAUGUCAUCAGCCAGACUCCUGACUUCUUACAGUAUUCUAUAACUCAAGACGAAGGCAGCAGGGAUCCAAGCCAGCAUCCAUGCCUUCAAGCCCUGCCCUCAAUCUUCCACAAAGCUAUGAAGGGUAUAGCCGCACACGUAGACGCGUUCUUAGGGCGCGGCUCGGAGCGGUGGUGGGGCGCCGGCGCGGGCGCGCCCGACCACGACGACGGCGACCUCACGCCGCCCGCGCACCGCCGCCUCGCCAAGUCCUUCAGCGUCUCCGCCGCCCGCCCGCGGGACAAACUGCCCGAACGAAGUACUCCACGCACUUCGCUGAUUGGCUUGACAAGCAGUCGUCCACCCAGCGUAGCUCCCACUACUCCUCCCAACUCUAUCACUUCUCAAGUGGGUGAAUCCGAGAAGCCACCAUUAACUCCGCUCCGUCCGAAAGUUAACUCUAUCUUGCAUCUAUUUGGAGAGUGGCUGUUUGAGGCGGCACUCAUUGGUACUACUCCGCAAUACAACAACCAACAACGUACGGAAGGCACGCCCCCGCCACCGUCCUUGUCUGACGCCACUUACAAGUUGAACAUGCUCAGUUACCAGCCAGGUCGUGCGGAGGCUCUAGGUACUCUAUGUCGCGUGCUGUGCUCGAAGCAGUGUCGCGAGGAAGUCCACCCGCCGUACCUGGCGCGGUGCUACGCGGCUCUACACCGGGGUCUGAGAGACCCCGCCACCGCCGCCGCUGUCGUACUCAACGCGCCUGACAUCUUCCGGCUGGAUCUGGACGGUGUCUUAGUCCUAGUCCCAGACUUUAUCAACGCUUUAGACCAGAUACUCUCAGAAAGGGAGCCUAGACUGGAGUGUGGUAACAUAGACAAGAGAGAACUGCGUAAAGCGGCCAUCAGCGCGCUGCUGUCCCUAGUCGCGUUUCCGUACCAUUACAAGGGCUUACCGGUUCCCGAGUUCCCGGGGUGUAAUGAAUACGCGGGCAUGACGCUGGGCGAGCUGACCCGCGGCCGCAUCUCUCUGAUCUGCGUGUCGGCGGUGCAGGUGGAGACGGUGGACGCGCUGGCCGUGCCGCUGCUGAGCGCGCUGUACCUGUGCGUGCGCCACAACGCCGCCGCCGCGCCCGCGCCGCCCGCGCCCUCCUCCACCUCGCACACCACUGACUACAAAGCGCGGUCAGACUGCGGCAGUGGCUCGGGCAGCGCGGAAGGUCACUCGCUCGACGACUUCGCAGCUGACGUUAGGGAGCUAGACCCAUCCUCGCCUGUUUUCGGUGCGGCGCUGGUGGUGCGCGCUACGUACCUGGUCUGUCACCGCCUCAUCUCCUCCUGGAAGGGAGACCUGCAAGUCUCCUUGGCAGCCCUAGAACUACUCUCUGGCCUAGCCAAGCUGCAUUCUUCGAAACCAGAAGCGAUAGAGCGCAAGCGCGCCGUGCGCUGGAUCUGCGACUACAUCACGGUGCAGUGCAGCCGGCCCCCGCAGGCACACUCGCGCGACCUGCACUCCUGCGUCGUGGCCGCCUACUCCUGCCUCGCCGCCUGGCUCUGUCCCGCCCUGCUAGCCGACCAGGACUGCAUCGCCACUCUCUUGGAGGUCGUCGAGCUUGGUAUUUCUGGAAGUAAGAGCCAAGGAAAACCCGGGGAGCCUCCGAAAAUGAAAGACGAGAAAGAACUGAAGCCAGUUUCCAUGCGAGUACGAGAUGCUGCAGAAUCUCUGCUCAUGUUGAUUUUAGAACAGCAAAUAGGGAACGGUGGCAAUGGUUCCUCAUGGUGUCGGCUGGACGAGCGCUGGCUGUCGGCGCUGGGACACGGCCGCCUGCGACACUUCGUGGCCGACGGGAACAUACUGCUGUCUCUGCUGGAGGAACCGCUCAGUAACAGCCAGGAGCCACAGCCUACGCUUAUUGUAAUAAUCCGUUGCGGCUGGGGUCGCUACGCGUGGUCACUGAGCGCGCGCGGCGCGGCCCGCUGCGCCGGGCGGGGCGUGGGCGCGGCGUGCGCGCGGCCCGUCGACAUGAGGGAGGCACGCCCCGCCACGCUGCCCGCCUGCAGGCCUCUACCACAUGCACCGCCCUGUGCCACUGACUCCGCAUUCCCGAGUUUGGAAGCAGUGUUACGACAACUAAACGAUCCUGACGCGCCGACCUUGUUCAAACUAUUGGAACAACAGGCCGCCAUCGAGAAACGAGUAAAAGAGAGCGAAGACAACGUUGUACCAGAAGAGUAUAUUCCACCGGAACCGGUGACAGAGUUCCAAACAGCCAGGCUGUUUUUGUCACAUUUCGGAUAUUUGAACAUUGGAGGCGAUAAAAAGGGGGCCCCGGGGCGCCUGGUGGCGCUGGACGACUCGGCGGCCGGGUUCGCGGGCGGGCUGCGGCGGCUGGACGCGUGCGGCGCGCGCGCCUGCGUCACCGUGCACGUGUUCUGCGCGCGCGCCGGCCAGCGCGCCGCCGCGCACAUCGUCGCCAACGCGCGCAGCCCCCACUCCGUGCCGCCCGCCUUCUUGCGCAUGCUGCAGGGUCUAGGCAGCCCGGUCCAGGUCCGCGGCCACCCGGGCUGGGCGGGCCACGUGGACACUAGCUACGACGCGCGCACGCACACGGACACUCUGCCGCUCACUGAGCCCGCGCCCGCCAUGUACGACGCUAGGGAACAGGUGCUCUACUGGUCAGACUCCACGAAUGAGAUAGCGUUCGUAGUGCCGUCGGGCCGAGAGAGUUUGGACAGCGAGGAUCGGAACGACAGCAUCAAGUCUGAUGUCGAUGGUACCUGCUUGUCUAAUCGGUCGGAGAAGGGCGCGGGAUCAUGCUGGGACGUGUCGGGCGGGGGCGGUGGCGGGGCGGGCGGGGGCGGGGCGUACGAGCGCAGCGUGUCGGAGUCGGAGCGCGGCGAGCGCGGCCGUCUGGGGGACAAACUGCGCGCGCUCUCACUCGACCUCGACAAACAACCCGCGCCACAUCUACCUGGUAGUGGAAGGCGUAAUAGAGAUUAUACAACUAAGAUUCUCAUUAUAUGGCUGGAAGACUUUGAAGAUCACUUGAACUUACCGAUAGACGACUUGCUGCCAUACUGCGAGACGGGCCUGCCGUGGCGGCGCCACGAGGUGUGCGUGGUGUGCGUGUCGGCGCGGCGCUGCGGGCUCGUGCGCGUGCACUGCGCGCGGGGGGCGCGGGGGGCGGGGGGGCGCGCGCCGGCCGCCAACGGGGUGCUCGCCGACGGCGCCCUGCUGGCGCCCCGCCUGCUGCCCGCCACGCUGCGCCGCGCUGCCAUCGACGCGGCGCGACGGACCAGGCUCAAUACUGACCUGUACCAACCUCCACACGUACGCCGUCGCCACUUAAUCCAGGAGCUAGCUCAGCAAUAUAAGAAGGACCUCACAGAACCAGAACUUCUUGAAUCACUGUUCAGGAAUCCAUAA